UAGACAACACAUGAGGCAGAGUCUCUCAGGCUGAGGUCGUAGUCAGACGCUUGCCACUUUGCUCUGUUCUCAACUCUGGACAGAACAGAAAUUAUCUGUCCUCUCAACAUCAGCGAAGGAAAGAAACAAUACAUUGAAGAUAUGUCUGACAACAGAGACGGUGAGGAUCUUAGUGAGGAGGAGAUUGAUGAAGACGCAAUCUUGGCGAUGCUAUCACCUGAGGAGCUCAAGGAGCUCCAGAGCGAGAUGGACGUCAUCAUUGCCCCAGAUGAAAACGUACCAGUGGGACAAAGACAGAAGGACCAGACAGAGAAAUCUCCAACAGGAAGUUUUGACCACAGGUCACUGGUUGACUAUCUCUAUUGGGAGAAAGAGUCAAAACGUAUGCUUGAAGAGGAAAGAGUGCCCGCUAGUCUGCUGCCUAGUGAGAAAAUCUUACAAGAGGAAGCUGGAAAAAAGGAAAAAGAAGAAAAUCCAGAUGUCAAAUAUGAGGUGUAUGAAGUGAUAGAAGAAUUCAUUGAGGAAGAUGGCACUGACUAUCCAGAUGGAGUGGAAAUUAUAGAGGAGAUCAUUGAGGAAAUAAUUGAAGAAGAUGAAGAGGAGGUUGAAAAGGACAAAGCGACUGAUGUUGACAAUGAAACCACUGAGAAAGUAGCUUUAAAUCUCAAACCUGAGAAUGCAGAGAAAGAUGUAGAUCCCCCCAGUGCCAUAGAAAAAACAGCUGGAAAAAAUACAGUGGACAGCCAGUCUGUUCCAGACUCCAAAGUGGCCUUUGUAAAUAAUGAAGAUAAAAAGGAAAAUGCAAAUGAAGAUUGUUUACCCCCGCAAGAGACUCCAGAAGUGCCAAAUACAAGUGAAGCCAAUGAUAACUUCUCAAAAAAGGAACCAAUUAAAGUGAACAAGUUAAAAAUCCCAAAGUUGGCUCUUAAUAAUAUCAAAAUGACAUCACGUCCUUCAGGAAAUGAGACAAACUUGGAGUCAACUCUGGACAAAAUCCGUAACAACAAUCCGUCUAUCACUGAGGUCAACCUCAAUAACAUAGAAAACAUUCCUAAGGAAAUGCUCGUAGACUAUGUGAAUGCCCUGAAAAAGAACAAACGUGUCAAAACGUUCAGCAUAGCGAACACAGGCGCCGAUGAAAACAUUGCAUUCAGCCUGGCUAACAUGUUAAGAGAAAAUCGCAGCAUUGCCACUUUGAACAUUGAGUCCAAUUUUAUAACUGGAAAGGGGAUCGUUGCCAUCAUCCGCUGCCUCCAGUUCAACGAGACUCUCACAGAGCUUCGCUUUCACAACCAGAGGCACAUGUUGGGUCACCACGCCGAGAUGGAGAUCUCUCGUCUGCUCAAGGCAAACAACACGCUCCUGAAGAUAGGCUACCACUUUGAGCUGCCCGGCCCCAGGAUGGUGGUGACCAACAUCUUGACCAGGAAUCUCGACCGUCAGAGGCAGCUGAGGAAGGAGGAGCAAAGGCAGCAGCAGGUCAAGGAGCAGAGGGAAAUGAUGCAGAUGUACGAGAACAGUCUCAAUCUGCCUACCGGUUUACUGCAGAUGUUGGGCUACAUACCACCACUUGAGCUCCUACAGCAGCAUGGCCUUGUCCCACCCAUGCCAGAACGGAGCAGCAUAGCCCAAACACAGCAUCAGAGUGAGCAGCCAGAGCCAAAGAAGAGUCUGAAGCGCAACAGCAUUCCCAAACAACCCAGCGCAGAGCCAUCAAACCUGUUAAAAGACAUUCAGUUAAAGAGAACUCCCAAGAAACGUGAUCCCUUCCUGGACUUGGACCCAAGAGAAGACCGGAGAUCAGAAAAACCAAGUUUCCAACUAAGAAAGACUCCCAAAGUAAAAGAUAGAGGAGAUAGAGAGAUGGCAGAAGAAAAGGCCAACCUCAAUGAUGUGAUAAAGACUUUGAAACCCAUCCCUCGCAGACGAGUACCUCCUAAAGUUGACCUCACACCUCGUGAUCAGCUCCUCAGUGAGAUCAAACAGAGCAAUGUGGCAUAUCUCAAAUCCGUGCCACUCCCAAAAGCCCUGGAAUCAAGUGAAACGAGUCUCAUCUGACUCGGCCUCAGCUGUUUUCUCGCUGUAGAGUAUGUUACUCAUUUUGGUCACGUUUCAUGCACAGCCCUGCAUGAAACGUGCAGGGCUGUGCAUGUUUUUGCUUCAUAAAUGUGUUUUAGUUCUUAGAACUCUAAAUAAAAAUGCAAUGUUAAAAGAAA